AUGAUCACUUGCGCAGCAGCGUUUGCACUACUGGCUGCGACGGCCGUCGUCGCAUCUCCCGUCGACGUCGAGGAGCGCGGGACUUUCAACAUGCCUCUCACGUCGUUUGCAACACGACAGCACUCGGACGACGCCGACGUCCGCAUGGGGUGGAUGCAACAUGAGGCGGCCAACUUACGUCAAAAGUACGGUGCACACCUUGACAAGCGCGAAGCCGAUUAUUUGGAACAGACGAAGCGGGCGCUCCAGAAGCGCGCAGGCACAGCCGAUGGCCAGCGUAUGAACAUGAUCAACGUCAAUGUCGACGCCAGCUAUGCAGGCACUGUCUCUGUCGGCACACCGCCCCAGGACUUCUACGCCAUCAUGGACACUGGCUCGUCGGACCUCUGGCUCGUGUCUGAGCAGUGCACACAGUGCCAGGGCAUGGACAAGUUUGUGCCUAGCGCCUCGUCUAGUCUCCAGCUACCUCAACGCCCGUUCCAGGUGUCGUACGGAUCGGGUGACGUCGCCGGCGAGAUUGGCGUCGAUACCGUCACUUGCGCGGGCUUCACCGUCCAGAACCAGGGCUUUGGUCUCGUCGAGCAAACGCAGUCUUCCGGCGUCGGCUCGUCGUCUAGCGGCCAGCUCAUCGACCCCCCUCUCUCCGGCCUCAUGGGCCUCGCGUUUCAGACAAUUGCGAACUCGGGAGCACUGCCAUGGUGGCAGAACCUCGCCCAGAAUACCUGGAAGAAUCCCCAGUUUGGUGUCUUCAUGGCGCGCUACCGCGGCCAGAAACGCGUGUCGGACACCGAGCAGAACGGUGGUGAGAUCAUGUUCGGCGGCGUCAACACGUCUCUUUACCAGGGCGACAUCAACUAUAUCAACAUUGGCCCCACCGAAGAGGACUACUGGCGCAUCCCUAUUCAGGCCAUUGCCAUCAGCGGCAAGCAGGUAGCGUACCAGAGCUCAAGUGCCAACGCCGCGAUUGACACUGGUACGACGCUCAUCGGCGCGCCGACGUCUGUCGUCCGCGACAUUUACGCUGCUAUUCCCGGUUCGCAGUCGUUGGCCAGCCAGGGAAUGCAGGGAUACUACCAGUACCCGUGCUCAACGACGAUCCAGAUGGCCUUCCAGUUUGGCGGCAAGAGCUACUACAUCUCGGACGAGGACUUCAAUCUCGGCGCCACGUCGAGCAGCGGGCGCUACUGCAUCGGCGCCGUGUUUGCGAUCCAGCUCUCGUCUAAAUCGCCCAUCUCGUGGAUCGUGGGCGCGACGUUCCUGAAGAACGUCUACUCGACUUUCCGCUACGACCCGCCUGGAAUCGGCUUUGCCGUUCUCGCCAACGGCGUCCAGAACGGCGGCGCCGACUCGCAGUCCAUCAUGACUGGCGGCUCCAGCGGCAACAGCACGGGGUCUACGGGCAGCGGUGGUGCCAUCAUCCCCAGUUCGGCGCGGGCACUCGGCAUGCCUGCGCUACUGGUCGGCGUGUCCGUGUUGGCGGCGGCGCUCUUCUAA